AGACGAGAAUGUUUUGCUGGCGCCGAUACGGGCGAUAUGCCACCGGCAUGCGACGUUGCCAAACCGGUGCGCGCAGGCGGAGAAACGGUGGGCAUACGGCUCACGACCGCUUAUGACGACCGUAGUAACCGUUGGCACUCUCCACUUGCUUGUUGUUUAUUGAGUUUUUGCUAUCGUUACAGUUUACAAACAUGUAUACUCGCAUAAACCAUGCAUGGAAGAUGGAUGAUGAGAAAUUAAUUGAAACUGUUCGUAAAUACGAAUUUAUAUAUAAUUUGAAACAUCCGAGAUCUAUGGAUAAUGCCAAAAAAGAGAUUGCAUGGAAUGAAAUUGGAGAGCAGUUAAAUCAGUCCGCUAUAGCUUGUAAACAACGAUGGCAAUGUCUCCGAGAUUCAUUUAGAAGGGCAUUAAAACAUAAAAGAGAUAGAGGGGAAGCAGCCAAAGGUAUAAAACCAUGGAAAUAUGAAAAAGAAAUGGCUUUUGUGGCUCCAUUUUUUAUGGAGAAGAAAACUAAGAAUUCCGUCGAAAUUACAAACGAGGAUGAUUUGGCUUACAAUGCCCAUGUAACAUAUGGAACAGAGGCCUUAGAGAAUUACAUCAACAUUAACAUCGACGAUCCUCUUGAUAAUGAGAGUGAAGAAGUUAUUAACAAGUCGUGGCAAAAAAAGAGUAACAAAAAGCUAAAAGCUUUAAAGAGAAAAGCGGGUCAAUCAGGGUCAUCACCUUCACCAGUAUUAACGCCAAAUGUGUCUACAUUUGAAGAUGAAAAGAACGUUGAACCGGUCAGAGGACACGAUGAAUUAGAUCGCUUCUUUUUAAACAUUUCCGAUACUGUUAAAAAGUUCUCACCGUACCUACAAGCGUUGGCGAAAAAUAAAAUAUUUUCUAUUGUAUCUGAAAUGGAACUCCAACAGUUUCAGAUGGAAGUACAAACAACCUCAGCUCCAUUCACAUUCAAAGCAUCCCCACAGUCAGAAAGUCCAACGCCAGUGCCGACAACAUCCGACGACUGGACGGCUGAUCAGAAACUACAAUAUUUAUCAUAAAUUUUAUAAGUACCAAAACUAUUAUUAUUAAAAAAUAUAUUUUAAGACAAA